GCGGUAUGUAACGUGGGGACACGCAAGUGAAAAAGUGAAAUAGACAGAGAAAAUCUCUCUUCUUGAACUUGAGACCCUUUAUUCAGCAAGAUUAUUUCUUGGAUUCAUCUGGAUCUAUCUUCUUCUUCUUAUUAUUAUUAUCAGGUGAAGAGGAAUUAGAAACUUGAAUACCAAUUGCUGUGUGCUCUAUAAAAUAUCCAGAAAUAUCCAAAUUCAGAAGGAGCAAUGGAGAGCACAACCAGCAGCACCAAGACUAUGUAUUCCAUGAUCAUAAAUGGUUCCUGGUUUGAUCAAUUUCGCAAUGGCUCAAAUCCUUGGAUGGCUAGAUAUGCCUACAGCUUGAUGUUUCUCAUUACAAAUUUGCUUGCUUGGGCUGUUCGUGAUUAUGGGCAUAGUGCCUUAACAGAAAUGAAGCGUCUAAAAGAAUGUGAAGGGGGGAAAGACUGCUUGGGUGCAGAAGGAGUUCUCAGAGUUAGCUUGGGAUGCUUCACAUUCUAUUUUGCAAUGUUUCUCUCUACAGCUGGCACUUCAAAGCUAGAUGAUCGUAGAGAAUGUUGGCACUCUGGAUGGUGGUCUGCCAAGAUUGUGAUGAAGGUUGUGCUGAUCAUAUUAUCCUUUCUUGUUCCUACGGAAUUCAUUUCACUAUAUGGGCAGGUUGCGCAUUUUGGUGCCGGGGUGUUUUUAGUUAUUCAACUAAUAAGCAUCAUCAGUUUCAUUACAUGGUUGAAUGAUUGUUGCCAGUCCGAGAAAUAUGCCGACAGAUGCCGUAUUCAUGUGAUGCUACUUGCAACAGCAGCUUAUGUUGUAUGCAUUCUUGGGAUAAUUCUGAUGUACAUAUGGUACACGCCACAGCCAUCUUGCCUUCUCAACAUUUUUUUCAUCACUUGGACUCUUGUACUUCUCCAACUUAUGACUAGUGUCUCUCUUCACCCAAAUGUAAAUGCUGGCUUCGUGACUCCAGGAUUUAUGGGGCUUUAUCUGGUGUUCCUCUGCUGGUCUGCCAUCAGAAGUGAACCACCCGAAGAGAAAUGCAUUCAAAGAGCAGGAACUGCAGCAAAAAGAGAUUGGCUAACCAUCAUAAGUUUUGUUGUUGCUGUUCUUGCAAUGGUGAUCGCAACAUUCUCAACCGGCAUCGAUUCUCAAUGCUUUCAGUUCAUGAAGAAGGAGAGACAAGAGGAAGAUGAUGUUCCCUAUGGUUAUGGAUUCUUUCAUUUCGUUUUUGCCACAGGAGCCAUGUACUUUGCAAUGCUCUUAAUUGGUUGGAAUACUCAUCACACUAUGAAAAAGUGGACAAUUGACGUCGGUUGGACCAGUACUUGGGUGAAGAUAGUGAAUGAGUGGCUAGGAGCCUGCAUUUACAUAUGGAUGCUAGUGGCUCCAAUCAUUUUGAAAAGCAGACAAGCAGAAUUGCCAGCACCUUAACUGUUAAGCUCAAGGAAAUCUGAUUUUCUAGCAUUUGCUCCAUAAAAAUUCAGUGGCUAGCCCUUCUCUGGCAAGGAAAACAUACUAUUGGAUUUGGGACUCGAGAUCGAACACGACUAGCCAGCAUUCUUUGUAGUGCUUAUAAUUUGGAGCAAAAAGGAAGAAAAGAAGAACAGACAGUCUUGAUACAUGUAAAUAAUAUAGUCAAGGUGCCAUAUUGCUAGGCAUCCUUUUAAGGAUAGAAGCUUUUACUUUCUUAAAUAUAUUUAAAUCGAAUGACGAUUGAUUUUGAUAAUUAUCUUA